CACGAGACUACCUAAAAUGGCAGCUCAGCGACUCCAAGGUCGCUUUGGUUUCCGCAACGUCCGACUGGUCAAGUCGGAGGAGAACUCACUGGGGAACGGCUCGUACGGAGCAGUGUACAGGGCCAAGUGUGACCAGCUCGUCUGCGCCGCCAAAGUCCUGCACCCCAUCCUCUUCCAGACCAGAGACCCCGCCGCCUACCGCAUCGUGGAGCGCUUCCAGCGAGAGAUCGACUUCCUGAGCGGCCUGAGGCACCCCAACGUCAUCCAGUACCUGGGCUCGUGUGCGGACCCCGGCACUCGAAUGCCCGUCCUGUUCAUGGAGCUGAUGGACGAGAGCCUGACCAGCUUCCUGGAGCGGCCAGCGGACCCUCCCCCUCUCCCUCUCCACGUGCAGGUGGACAUUGGCCACGACGUGGCACAGGCUCUCUCCCACCUCCAUCGCCACGAGGUGCUGCACCGCGACCUCAGCAGCAACAACGUCCUCCUGAUCGGCAGCCGGCGAGCCAAGGUGACCGACUUUGGCAUGGCCAAACUGUUGGGCAGCGACCCUCGCCUCACUCCCACCUACUGCCCCGGAACCAAUACCUACAUGUCUCCCGAGGCACUGGCAGAUCCCCCGACAUACAGCGGCAAACUGGACGUCUUUUCCUGUGGUGUGCUCUUUGUUCAGCUCAUCACUCGAAAGUGGCCCAACCCAGGCCCUCGUAUGCAUAUAAUACAAAUAAGCGAUCCUCGUGUUCCAUCAGGACGAGUGCAUGUUGUUACUCCUGAAUUGGAACGUCGUAAGGAUCACCUGGAUCUCAUCUCCCCCACGCACCCUCUCCUGGAGGUAGCCCUGGACUGCCUCAAAGACGAGGAAGGUCAGCGACCGACGGCCGAGCAGCUGUGCUCUCGCCUGAUUGCUCUGAAAGAGAGUGCUGCCUACCGAGACAGCCUCCAGCAGACCCCAGAGGAGACGACAGGUCAGGCACCUCCUGCCAGAGACCAGGAACUAGAGCAACAACUGAGGGAGAGUGAGUCGAGAGUUGGAGACCUCACCAGAGAAGUACAGCAACUGACACUGCGGAAUGAAGAGCAAGCCAGAAGCAUACAACAGAAAGAUGAACAAGUUCAGCAAAAGGACAGGCAACUUCAGCAACAAGAUCGACAACUUCAAACACUUCAAGUCAGUAUACGAGAUAAUGAGCAGGUGGUGGCUGCUCUACAACAGAGUGUGGAGCAGAAAGAUGCAGCACUUCAGGCAAAGGAUGAGUUGCUGCAGGAGAAGGAGAGAGAGAUACAAGAACGACAGCAGAGAGUGAGGGAGAGGGAGGGAAGUGGUGUGGCCACAGGACCUCUGAAACUGGAGUGGAGGGAUGGACCACCAGCUCCGUUUCCAAUCUUCGGACGUUCAGUAGCAGUCAGUGGAGAGAUGGUGUACUGUGCUGAUGAUACUGAAGUGCUGAUGUUUAACUCAAGGACAGGGCAAUGGACAGUUCUUCCAGAAUGCCCCAAACAGUAUUUCUCCAUAGCAGUAGUGAAUGGACAACUGACAGCAAUUGGAGGAGACCAGUCAUACGAAGCCACAAACACUCUUCUCAGUCUACCUCCACAGGACAGACCAGGCAUCUUCCAACAGAAGUGGAUUGAACAAUUUCCACCAAUGACAUACUGUCGCAGUUCUUCAGCAGUUGCUACCACCAACACAUCACUGAUAGUAGCUGGAGGAGCGGGUCCAGAUGAGAAGAAGGCACCAGUAGAAUUGAUGGACAUUCAGACACUACAAUGGUCCACAGUAGCCAGUCUACCUCGUCCUCGCUGGGAAGCCACAGCCACCAUCUGUGGGGACAGGCUCUAUAUUGGUGGUGGGUAUGGUACUCAUGGGUCAACCAAGUCAGUGGUAAUGUGUGAGGUGAAAGACCUCCUCCAGUCACAGCCACAGUCACUAGCCACCAGACCACCAGGUCUGCUACUACGUCUCUUCCGUAGUCCUCCAGUGUGGAAAGAAGUUGCUCCACUUCCAGUGUUUCAGUCUUCUCCCGUCACCUUCCGAGGUCAGCUACUGGCAGUAGGAGGAAGGACUACUGGUAGAGAUGCUGACUCCACAUCUGACGUGAUGCAAUACGAUGCAACCACCAAUUCUUGGAAAGUAGUCAGCCAGAUGAAGGUGAAGCGAAACUACUGUUUUGCAGCAGUUCUUCCUAACAACACACUGAUGGUGUGUGGA